GGCCUCUGUAUGCUGAAAACAGAACAGACUUCUCUAUGAACAACAAUACACUGACAUUCAACUCUGUCCAGCAUUCUGACAACGGAGACUAUCAGUGUUCUGCCUACAACCCACUCAGCAACAUGACCAGCCCAGAAUACAGACUGACCGUCAACUAUGGUCCAGAGAGACCUGUUAUCACGAGUCCGGAUAUAGCGAUGACAGGACACAGCGUGACCUUCAACUGCUCGGCCUCCUCUCAGCCUCUCAGCCAGUUCAGCUGGUUCUUCAAUGGUUCCCAGGUGGCAACUGGCUCAGUGUAUAAGACUAGCCCACUGACCUUAGCCAGUCUUGGGGAGUACACCUGUGUGGCCUUCAACAACAUCACUGGAAGAAACAGCACUGUCUCCAAGAUGCUCACCGUCAUUGACCCAGUAACCAUGGCCACGGUGAAAGUCAUCGGUGCCCAGCCAAUAGCAGACUACAUGUUUACUCUGACCUGUGAGACCGCUGGAAGCAUUUACUCCAUUCACUGGAUGAGGAAUGGCUGGCCUCUGUAUGCUGACAACAGAACAGACUUCUCCAUGAACAACAAUACACUGACAUUCAACUCUGUCCAGCAUUCUGACAACGGAGACUAUCAGUGUUCUGCCUACAACCCCCUGAGCAACAGGACCAGCCCAGACUACAGACUGACCGUCAACUAUGGACCGGAGAUGCCUAUUAUAACAGGACCAGCAUUAGGAGAAACAGGACACAGCGUGAUCUUCAACUGCUCUGCCUCCUCUCAGCCUCUCAGCCAGUUCAGCUGGUUAUUCAAUGGUUCCCAGGUGGCGACUGGCUCAGUUUAUAAGAUUGGCUCACUGACCUUAGCCAGUCAUGGGGAGUACACCUGCGUGGCCUUCAACAACAUCACUGGCAGAAACAGCACUGUCUCCAAGAUGCUCACUGUUGUUGCACCUGUGACCAUGAGCAUUGUGAAAGUCAUUGGAGCCCAGCCAAUACUGAACGAGAAAUUCUCUCUGACCUGUGAGUCCGCUGGAACGGUUUACUCCAUUCACUGGAUGAGGAACGGCUGGCCUCUGUAUGCUGACAACAGAACAGACUUCUCUAUGAACAACAAUACACUGACAUUCAACUCUGUCCAGCAUUCUGACAACGGAGACUAUCAGUGUUCUGCCUACAACCCACUCAGCAACAUGACCAGCCCAGAAUACAGACUGACCGUCAACUAUGGUCCAGAGAGACCUGUUAUCACGAGUCCGGAUAUAGUGAUGACAGGACACAGCGUGACCUUCAACUGCUCGGCCUCCUCUCAGCCUCUCAGCCAGUUCAGCUGGUUCUUCAAUGGUUCCCAGGUGGCAACUGGCUCAGUGUAUAAGACUAGCCCACUGACCUUAGCCAGUCUUGGGGAGUACACCUGCGUGGCCUUCAACAACAUCACUGGAAGAAACAGCACUGUCUCCAAGAUGCUCACCGUCAUUGACCCAGUAACCAUGGCCACGGUGAAAGUCAUCGGUGCCCAGCCAAUAGCAGACUACAUGUUUACUCUGACCUGUGAGACCGCUGGAACCAUUUACUCCAUUCACUGGAUGAGGAACGGCUGGCCUCUGUAUGCUGACAACAGAACAGACUUCUCUAUGAACAACAAUACACUGACAUUCAACUCUGUCCAGCAUUCUGACAACGGAGACUAUCAGUGUUCUGCCUACAACCCCCUGAGCAACAUGACCAGCCCAGACUACAGACUGACCGUCAACUAUGGACCGGAGAUGCCUAUUAUAACAGGACCAGCAUUAGGAGAAACAGGACACAGCGUGAUCUUCAACUGCUCGGCCUCCUCUCAGCCUCUCAGCCAGUUCAGCUGGUUCUUCAAUGGCUCCCAGGUGGCAUCUGACUCAGUGUAUGAGACUGGCCCACUGACCUUAGCCAGUCAUGGGGAGUACACCUGUGUGGCCUUCAACAACAUCACUGGCAGAAACAGCACUGUCUCCAAGAUGCUCACUGUUGUUGCACCUGUGACCAUGACCAUGGUGAAAGUCAUUGGAGCCCAGCCAAUACUGAAUGAGACAUUCUCUCUGACCUGUGACACCGCUGGAACCAUUUACUCCAUUCACUGGAUGAGGAACGGCUGGCCUCUGUAUGCUAACAACAUAACAGACUUCUCUAUGAACAACAAUACACUGACAUUCAACUCUGUCCAGCAUUCUGACAACGGAGACUAUCAGUGUUCUGCCUCCAACCCACUCAGCAACAUGACCAGCCCAGAAUACAGAUUGAUCGUCAACUAUGGUCCAGAGAGACCUGUUAUCAUGAAUCCAGAUAUAGCGAUGACAGGACACAGCGUGACCUUCAACUGCUCGGCCUCCUCUCAGCCUCUCAGCCAGUUCAGCUGGUUCUUCAAUGGUUCCCAGGUGGCAACUGGCUCAGUGUAUGAGACUGGCCCACUGACCUUAGCCAGUUAUGGGGAGUACACCUGUGUGGCCUUCAACAACAUCACUGGCAGAAACAGCACUGUCUCCAAGAUGCUCACCGUCAUUGACCCAGUAACCAUGGCCACGGUGAAAGUCAUCGGUGCCCAGCCAAUAGCAGACUACAUGUUUACUCUGACCUGUGAGACCGCUGGAACCAUUUACUCCAUUCACUGGAUGAGGAACGGCUGGCCUCUGUAUGCUGACAACAGAACAGACUUCUCUAUGAACAACAAUACACUGACAUUCAACUCUGUCCAGCAUUCUGACAAAGGAGACUAUCAGUGUUCUGCCUACAACCCCCUGAGCAACAUGACCAGCCCAGAAUACAGACUGACCGUCAACUAUGGUCCAGAGAGAUCUGUUAUCAUGAAUCCAGAUAUAGCGAUGACAGGACACAGCGUGACCUUCAACUGCUCGGCCUCCUCUCAGCCUCUCAGCCAGUUCAGCUGGUUCUUCAAUGGUUCCCAGGUGGCAACUGGCUCAGUGUAUGAGACUGGCCCACUGACGUUAGCCAGUCAUGGGGCGUACACCUGUGUGGCCUUCAACAACAUCACUGGCAGAAACAGCACUGUCUCCAAGAUGCUCACUGUUGUUGCACCUGUGACCAUGAGCGUGGUGAAAUUCAUUGGAGCCAAGCCAAUACUGAACGAGAGAUUCUCUUUGACCUGUGAGACCGCUGGAACCAUUUACUCCAUUCACUGGAUGAGGAACGGCUGGCCUCUGUAUGCUGACAACAGAACAGACUUCUCUAUGAACAACAAUACACUGACAUUCAACUCUGUCCAGCAUUCUGACAACGGAGACUAUCAUUGUUCUGCCUCCAACCCACUCAGCAACAUGACCAGCCCAGACUACAGAUUGACCGUCAACUAUGGACCGGAGAUGCCUAUUAUAACAGGACCAGCAUUAGGAGAAACAGGACACAGCGUGACCUUCAACUGCUCGGCCUCCUCUCACCCUCUCAGCCAGUUCAGCUGGUUCUUCAAUGGCUCCCAGGUGGCGACUGGCUCAGUGUAUGAGACUGGCCCACUGACCUUAGCCAGUCAUGGGGCGUACACCUGUGUGGCCUUCAACAAUAUCACUGGCAGAAACAACACUGUCUCCAAGAUGCUCACCGUCAUUGAGGCUAUAAAGUCAGUGAUGGUGAAACGAAGCAAAAUACCGAUAGCAUCUGACAACCUAACCCUGACCUGUGAUGUCACCGGGCGCUAUGACAUCAUCUACUGGAUGAAGGACAACCUGCCUCUGGUCCUGAACAACACCUUGAACUCUGACAUCACCAUCUCCAACAACUCUCUGCACUUCAGUCCAGUCAAGGUGUCUAACGAUGGACACUAUCAGUGUGUCGCCACCAACCUCCUUCGUCCACACACCAGCCCUAAAUACCAGCUAUUGGUGAACUAUGGCCCUCUGAGUGUGAACAUCUCUGGCCCAGGCUUAGUGGUAAUUGGCUCAGUAAUCACUGUCAAUCUGAAGUGCUCAGCCGACUCCCGGCCAACCAGCGAGUACCGGUGGAAAUACAACAACCAAUCAUUGCCGGCAACUGGUCCUUUGAUGGCCGUAGGUGUCUCCUUGAAAAAUGCAGGGAUAUACACCUGUGUGGCCAAGAACCCUCUGACUAACAUCUCAAUGUCCAAGACCAUUAGUCUGGAUAUCACUGGCCACUCGCCUGCCCCUCCAUUCCAGUCCAGAGUUGGUCUGAUGCUGAUGGCCCUGCUAGCUCUCUCUCUCUGCCUCUGAUCAACCACUGAGACCAUCACAGUAUGGACACUGCUUGUCUGUCUGCUGGCUGGGAGCCAAUCACUCCCUUCCCUCUACCCUCACUGACCUGAGAAAGGACUGGAUAGGAAUAAGUGGUAUUGUCGAUAUUAUGAUUGCCCCAUCUUGCCACCAUAGGGCUGGGUUUAGUAUGCUCAGCUCCUUUCCAAUGUUUUUAGGUUGUGAGGAGAGAGUCAACAAGAGGUCAGAAGGGAGGGGUCUAUCCUCUUAGAAUAGAACCCACCUCCACAAUGUGUUUUUAUGUCAAUCAUCUCUAUAAACUGAUAUUCCUUUUAAAAACAACAAUCUUGAAAACUGGUCUUCAACAUGGUAAUUGAAGGGGCAAACAUCCACUGCUCAGCUGCACUGCCUAUUUCUGUUUCUAAUUCAAUGUUCUUAGAUAUUCACUGCCCUUGUGACUGUUGCCCUGGAGUCCAUUCACUGAGUCCCUUUCUGUGUUGUUCUGUGUUUGAUCAUGUAUGUAAACUCUGUAGUUCAAGUACAAAUUCAGGUAUUUAGCUUAUAAAUACCUUAGAGGUAAAACGUUUCAAACGAUAAUACAUUUAACUGGUGUUUAUGUAAAACAUGGCUUGUUUUUGCACCUAUUUAAUGUAUAAGCUUGUAAAUCCUCAGAGGAGAUGCAGGCUUGUGCUGUUGUCUUAUGUUUAUAUUUCCUCUUCAUUAAUUAUUGUCUUAAAUAAAGUGUUGUCUUUUCACACCUGUCCUACUGAA